CUAGACGUAGACAGACGAAACGAAGGUUGGCAGCGAUUGGUUUGAUAACUGUCAAAGAACGAUUUCGUUGACGUUGCCUUGUUUUUGUUUAUCGACUCAAAAUUUCAUAACUCACAGGACGCAAUUUUCCUGUAUAGAUUUAUAAAAAAAAUGGCACACUACAAAGGGGCAGCCAGCGAGGCUGGCCGAGCCAUGCAGCUCAUGAAGAAGCGUGAAAAAGAAAUGCAGGACUUAGAAUUACGUAAAAAACGGAUUGAGGAAGAUUUGAAACUAAACAACAUAGAAAAUAAAUUUGCAACACAUUAUGAUGCCGUAGAACAGCAACUAAAGAGUUCAACCAUCGGUUUAGUCACUCUAGACGAAAUGAAGGCAAAACAAGAAAAUAUUGUUAAAGAACGCGAAAAGAAACUUGCCCAAAAACAAGCAGAAAAGGAACGCGAGAAACAACGACAACUAGAGGCUAAACUUGCUGAGAAGAACAAACAGAAAAAACAGAUUCAGGCACUAUCAUUUAACUUGGAUGAAGAUGAAGAGGAAAACUAUGAAGAUUCUGAUAUAAAAUCGUGGAAACGAGAGAGCGAGGAGGUGGCCUCAAAAUCAAAGAAAAUCAAGAAAGAUCCAAAUGUGGAUACUAGUUUUUUGCCAGACAGAGAAAGAGAGGAAGAAGAAAAUAAGUUGAGAGAGGAAUUGAGGCAGCAGUGGGCUGAACAACAACAAAAAUUGAAAGAAGAGGAGAUUGAUAUCACGUUUAGUUACUGGGAUGGCUCUGGCCACAGAAGAACAGUCAGAGUAAAAAAGGGUAAUUCCAUUUACCAGUUUCUCCAAAAGGUGUUGGAGUUGUUACGUCGCGAAUUUUCUGAACUUAAGACAGUCAUGGCUGAUCAGCUCAUGUAUGUUAAGGAAGAUUUAAUUCUGCCACACCACUACACAUUCUAUGAUUUCAUAGUAACCAAAGCUAGAGGAAAAAGUGGGCCUUUAUUUCAGUUUGAUGUGCAUGAUGACGUCAGAUUGGUCAGUGACGCUUCCAUUGAAAAAGAAGAGUCACACGCUGGUAAAGUAUUGUUACGAAGUUGGUAUGAAAGAAACAAACACAUCUUCCCUGCUAGUAGAUGGGAGCCGUAUGAUCCAACCAAAACUUGUGAUAAAUACACUGUCUCAGAUAAAAAUAAAAAAUUGUAAUUUUUUACAUUAAGUUAAUACAAUUGCUACUUGUUUUGA